AAUGUUUUCGAAAACUUGUUUAUAAUAAUAAAGGUAAAAUCCAAAGAGAACAUUACAAAAGUUACAUACUGUUCUUAACUCUUGAAAUAAUAUAUGAUGUGUAUAAAUUGGUACAAUAAUGGAUGAAGAUAGUGACAAUAACUUUGAAUCUCUACUCAAAAACAGCAAGUUAAGAAAACAACAAAUUUAUACUGAAACUAGUGAAGUGGGUUCUUCUAGACUUUGUUCUGAAGUAAAUUAUACACCUAAAGAUGUUUUAUCAAAUAUCUCUAAGCAAUUGAAUGCGUUACAGAGAGCGGAUGGUAUGAAAUCCGAUAAAAGUAGACAAAGACUUAUGAAUGUGGUAAAGCCAGCUUUGGAACCAGUAUAUUUAUUAUCCUUGGACAAUAACAGACCUCAAAGUAAUCAAAAGUUUGAAACACAAGGGGUAUCAGACACACAACUUAUAAAUAUUGUAGUAAAUGCUGAAAUAUUGGCAACACCGAAAGGUGCGACACAGGAAUUUGAAAAUUCCUUCUGUGAGAAUCAUAUUGAGGUAAAGAAAAACUCACCGAAAGUGUCACAAGCGAGCAAGAAUGAUUCUAAGUUAGCAGUAAAUAAAGCACAAGAAUCUAUAAAUACUUUAGAAGGUGUACCAAGCACCUCUAAAACCUAUAAUUAUAGGCAAAUAGAAGAUACAUAUUUUAGUGAGAAAAGUAAUAUAGACAUAAACAAUGUGGAAUCUAAUGCUGAAAAUACCAUAAAUUUGAGUCCCAUUGCGGGUCAAAACAAAUGUGUACAGAUUCAGAAUACUUCACCAUUAACUUAUACUUUAGAUGCAUUUGAAAAUUUUGAAUCAUUGGCAUUUUCAGUUAUUGAACAAAAUCCCAAUGUUGAUUUAGCCAAAGCAAUUAUUAAUUCACAAAUAAUAGACAGAGAAUUAUUUAUAACAGAUGCAAAACCAACAAUUAGUGAAGGACCUAUAAGUCCAAUAUUAACAACUGCUAAGAAUAAUGCAGAUUUUAAUAAAAUAGAUCAAAAACCAUUCAAAGAUCCUGAUAAAGUUUAUAAAGAAACCAAACGUAAAAAAUCCUUUGAAGAAGAUAUAUUUUGUAGUGAUGAAGAGAAUAUUGAAGAAGAAAAUUUUCGAGAAUUACCAGAAACAUGUGCAUUAGAAAACUGUUUAAGUAAUCCAACAGUCUUAGACAAAACAAUGUAUGUCGGCUUUCAAACAGCUAGUAACAAGAGUAUACAAAUCAAUACAGACUCAUUUUGUAAAGCACAAAAUAUUCUAGACGAAAUAGAUUGUGAUUAUAAUCCAACUUUAGUUGAGUUAGUAGAAAUAUGUGAUAAAACAAGCAAAAACCAAUCAAACGCUAUGAGAGAUGAAGUACAUAAACCAGUAUCGCAACAACUUAGUAACAACGAUAAAUUAUGUACUAAGACUACUGCAAGUACUAGUUCUGAAGUUAAUUUGUCAAGAGAACUAAAGCCAUGUUCUAACAAACUUGAUCACAAUAAGGCAGAAAGUGCUAUUAAAGUUACAAAUAAGCCUGCAAAAUCUGGAGAAGAUAUUGAUUUAAUAGGAUUCAAAACAGCGAGUAGUAAGAAAAUUAAUUUAUCUGAUAAAGCUUUAGCAAGGUGUCGUCAGGUAUUUCAAGAUAUAAAUCUUGAUGAGAUACUUGAUCCUAAGGAAAUAUCAAAUACUUCUAGUUCUAUAAAUGCAGCUCUACAAAAUAAUGGUACAAACGAAACUAAAGCCCAAUAUAAUGAUGAAUUUCUUGAGGUUUCAGAACAAAUAGCACUGAAUGAUCAGACAAUUCUUCAAGAAUUUGAAAAUGAGUUACUAGCCACAGCUGUAACUGAUUUUGAGAAAGGACAACAGGAAGAGACAAUUGAAAAUCCAAUAGAAAAUAAAAAAGACAAGAAAGGUUUUAAUCAAAACAUACAUGUCAAUGAACAUAACAAACUUUCAGAAAGUAAAAGCAACGAAUUGCACAUUAACCAUAAAAAUAUCGAUUUCAAUAAAGAAAUAUUUGUAGGUUUUAAAACGGCGAACAAUAAAAAAAUCAAGAUUUCAGAAAAUGCUUUAGCAAAGACAAAGAAUAUUUUCGAAGAAUUUAACCUUUUUAAUGAAGUGGACAAAAAAAAAAAAAAGGAUGAAGGUAUAAACAGAGAAACUAAGCCAUUAUAUCAAAACAUGUUCAAGGAACCUUUAAUAUUAAAUGAAAAAGAAACUUGUGGAUUUGUGACAGCUAGUAAGAAACCCAUUGUAAUAUCAUCAGAGGCCCUUAUAAAAAGUAAAAAGGUAUUUGAAGAUAUUGUCAAUGACAUAAAAAAUGACAUUGAAUUGCCAGAAAAAAAUAAUUCUAAUAAAUGUGUGAAAAAUAGUAUACAAAGUAAUAAUUAUAUCAAAGAAACUUAUCAAACUAAAAGUUCUACAGUUGAUAAUAAUGAAUCACAUAAAUCUAACAAUGAACAUGAAUUUAAAAUACCACAUAAUCAAACAAAGAAGUCUGUCAAUAUUUGCACAAAAAGUGAACUGUUUAAAGAUAUGCUUGAUUUUUCUGGAAGUUAUGGUGCAAAAGAAGACUGCAGUAUAGAAAGUAGCCAUAAAAGUAACGAAAAUAAAAAUAUGAACCAAGUUUUUAAAGGUUUUCAAACUGCCAGUAAUAAGCAAGUAAAGGUUUCAGAAAAAUCAUUAGCUGCGAGUAAGAAAUUAUUUGAGGAUCUACAAAUAAAUGAAAACGAUAAUAUUAAUGUGGAAAGUUAUAUUUUGAAAGAAAAGCAAACAAAAUUUACCAAUAAAGAUUCAACUCCUCAAAAUGAAUUUAACAAUGUCCAAAAUGAGAAUGAGAUAUUUAAUAAUUUCAAAGGAAAAAUAGCAUUCGAAGGACAAAACUUUAAUAAACAUCAAGGCUUCAAUGGUUUUCGUUCAGCAAGUAAUAAAGUUAUUAAAAUUUCAGAACAAGCUUUAGCUAAAAGUAAGAAAAUGUUUUUAGAUAUAGAUGAACAGAUUAUAAACAGCGCGGAACCGUCAACUAAUUUACUAAAUACUGAAUUGAAUGAACCUGUCAAGAAAAUCAAUAAAUUUGAAACAAACAGUGAAAACAACUGUAAUGAAGAAUAUAGAGAUAUUUUACCAAAUAGUAAAAGAAUUAAAAUAUCAAAUCAACUUUUAGAUGCCAAGAUAUCACAAGAUUCAAAUCAAGAAAAUAAACAAUCUCCAUUUAAAAGUCAAUCAACAGAAAAAUUCACUCCAACAAUUAAUAAAGCAAGUACAAACUUUGAAAUACUAUUUAAAACAGCAAAUAAUAAUAAUAUCAAAAUCUCCGAAGACGCAUUACUUGAAUCUAAAAGAGUUUUAACGGAUUUGAAUCAAAAUGAUCAAGUUAUUGAAACUAAUUUUUCUCAAAGUACCGACAAGAAAAAUGAGGGUAGUACAGAAAAUAUACUGAAUACCCAACUAUUGAAUAACUUUGAAGAUACUUUGUACACUGAAGAUUUUUGUAAAGAUGUACCAAAAACUACAAAAAGGUGUGGUAGCCCUAUUCUGUCAUGUCCAAGAGCUAAAAAGCUCAAAAGAUUUGAAGUGCCAUACAAUAAAUGGGAAAUUCCUAAAAUAAAAUCCAAAGAAAACAAGGCAAUCGAAGUAAAUUCUUCUAUAAAAUUUACGUUUGAUAAAAAUUAUAAGAGGAAUAAUAAAUUAUCUAUGAAAAAUUUAAAAGAUAUUGACUGUAACAAAUCUGUUGAGAUAGAUCCUUAUAUUUUAUCUUUUAACUUUGAAAAUACGUUAGAAUUCAAAUUUUCAAAUAAACGGAAUGAAGUUAGCGACGAGAUUCUGAGUACAGACGAUUUAAAAAAAUAUUUUUUAUCUCUGGUCAAUAAAAAUAUUAUACCCGACGGUUGGAUAGACAAUCAUCUGAAAUUGAUUAUUUUCAAAUUGAUUUCUUAUGAAAAAGAAUUUAAAUACACAAUGAAAAGUAUCUGUUCUGUUAAAAAUGUGUUAGAACAACUGAAAUAUCGUUAUGACAGAGAAUUGUAUAACGUAGAAAGGCCUGCGUUCAGAAAGUUACUGGAAAAAGAUGAUGUAUCGACAAAGACAAUGGUUUUACGAGUGAUUGCGAUUUUUGUUGAUGGUGUUAUAGCAGAGAGUAUACCAGAUACAAGCAAUAUUGAACUGCUUCUAACAGACGGCUGGUACUGUAUAAAGUCUAGUCUAGACCAAAUGUUGACUAGACUAGUUAAAGACCAUAAAAUCAGAGUCGGUACUAAAUUAGUCACAAAUGGUGCUGAAUUACUGAAUUGCGAACAAGGGAUCGCACCGUGGGAGGAUACCUCAGCUGUAAGGUUAAAACUGUUCGGCAAUUGUACGCGGCGCGCGCGUUUUGAUGCCAAGCUCGGCUAUCACAAAGGGGCGGCCAUCUUGAGUCGCCUGUCAAAAGUGCAACUAGAGGGCGGGAAAGUGUCCAAAUUACGCGCUCUCGUGACGCGAGUGUAUCCAACGCUAUACGUUGAAAAGUUUGAGGAUGGGAGUACAGUGACUAGAUCAGAGCGUCUGGAACAUCUGUACCAAAUGAAAUACGAAUCCGACAGACAAGUGUUACUUGAGAAGAUUUACGAAGAAGUUCAGAAAGAAUUUAUCGAUGAGGAUUCUCAAGAUUCAGAAUGUGACGUGGAUGUCAGAAAUCUGGAGACAGGCUCUCAAAUACACAGAUUAAUGAAGAGGAGCAGAGAUUCUGGAGAAUUUAUUGCUAAUUUGACAAACACGCAAUGCACAACACUACAGAAGUACACAGACAGACGGCGGGAAGUUGUCCUGCAAACUCUUCAGGCCAGGGUCAGUGACAGGGUAAGGGAACAGGGUCUGCAGAUCGGCAGGAACGUGGUGCCCGUUAUGAAGAUCAGGGUCGCUGAUGUCAAUGAUGAUGGAGAGGUUUCCAAAGCGAUGAUGUCAAUUUGGCGACCAAAUGAAGCUGUGAUUGAUAUUGUAAAAGAAGGAACUUGGAUAGACGCUUUUAAUAUUGUCCCUACGGCUAGAAGAUAUUCAGAAAUACAACUGUCCGCUGGUAGACAGAGUGUUUUCAGCCGAUCUAACUAUAAAGUGAACGAAAAAGUUCAACAAAUUGUCACAAAUCUCAAAAGAACUUGCUAUAGUAUCGAAAAUUUGGUCAAAAUGCCCACAGCUGUCACGGACUAUAACGAAGUUGACGUUGUAGGAUUGAUAUUUACAAUAGAGCCAUCUAUCGGUCAGUUCGAAGCAACAAGAGGACAACAAUUUCAAAAUGUCUAUUUAACAGAUACGGAUAAAAAUAUUAUCUGUGUCAAUUUUUGGGGCGGGUUAAAAAAGUUCGGAUAUGAAAAUAUACUCGAUACGGGUAUAGUUGUUGCGUGCAUGAAUCUACAGAAAAGAACAGGAAAUUCUAGAAAAGGCAUUCAACAAUAUAGAGCCACUGAAUACUCUUAUUUUACAAAAACUUCCAAACACAACAAUGUGAGAAUAAUGAUGGACGAUUUAAAUAAAAGUUUAUUAUCUGUAAAUAUUAAACAGCUAUGUGAAAGUUGUGUUGCUAUAAAAAAUAAUAUUUCAAUAACGAAAAACGUUGAAAACGUUUCUCCUUAUAGGAUAAAUUAUAGCGACUACAAUAUAUCGAAAAACAGAGUGUUCAUAGAUUCCCCAUUAGCCAGUAAACCAAAUCACGUUGAUGAUAUUUUCAACCUUAGCGGCUUAGACUUUGAGUCGACAUUCAAACAAAUCGAUACACAAGAUGUCCCAGCUGAUGUAAUAUUAAGAAAAAAGAAAGUGAACGAGAAAAUUGCUAAACUAAAAAUGUACGGAGAACCUCCACCUUUAAAAGCUAUUCAUAUAAUAAACAAAUCGAAAAAUGCAACGAAAGAAUUCAAGAGUCCAUUAGCUUCAAGAAAUGACAGUUCAAAUAGUGUUGCCAGUGAGAAAUUACACAAUAAACCAAAUACAAAUAGUGCCAUAAGUUGUACAGAAUCUACUCCUGAAACAUCUAAUAAGCAUAUGAAGAGAAAUGCAAAUCCAGUUAAAUUGAAUUUUUGUAGUAAACCUGAGGACUGUGGUGAUAAAAUAGAUCCGUUUGGGGAAGAAUUUGACGUCAGUCCACCAUUAAGUUUGGAUUGAAUUUUAUUUAUAAGAAUUUUUGUGGUAUAUUUUAAAUGUGUACCAUAAAGUUUCGCUAGUUACCAUAUAAAAAUGUGUAAUACGCACUCUUUUCAUUACAUUAUCGUACCGAAAAUGCUUUGCCAUUCGUAACAGUGAUAAAACUUUAUUUUAUUGUUUAUAUUCUGUAAAAUUUUCAUUUGCAAAUGUCAAAAUUCAUUAAAUAACAUUGAAGGGUGUUGCCAUUGUAUAGCAAUUACUGUUACCAUAGUAAUCUUGCUUAUUUGAUGCUAUUGGCUGUUACUUUUUAUACCUUUUUCGUAUGCCUUUUUCAAAUUAAUUCUAAACUUAAAUUAAAUACCGUGAAAACAUGGCCUAAAGCGUAUUGUUAGUGUAAGAAUUUUUAUUAUAAAAAAUAUGCUGCGAUUUCUGACACCUUGCUUAACAAUAAUAUCUUAUAGUUUGAUGUUAGUAAGUUUAUGUAUGUAAUGUAAAUAGUAAUUAAGUCUACAUAAUGUAAAAAUUGUACAUUUUGUAAAUUGUUCAUUGCCGUACAAAGAAUAUCAGUAUUGUAAUUGCCCAAUU